GUGUUGCGGAUUCUAAACGCGCGCUAUCUAUUUUUCGUUUAAUCAAAAUGGGUGCAACAAAGAACAUAGAUUUGAUUGGCACCAUUGAAGAUGACGCCGAAGUGGAAAAUUUAUCUGAGGAUUCCGAUGCCGAAGUGGAGUAUCAACCUACGAAGUUGCGCCACAAAAAGAUAACCGAAUUCGAAAAAGGUUUCGAAUUUGUCAGUUCCGUCAAGGAGUACAACCAGGACACUUGGGACGAUCUAAUGAAAUAUGUGAAGCGCAAGGCGCGGACAAAAACGGAUGAUAAAAUUGCAGCACGGCUGCAGAAACGCGAAGGCGUUGCAGCAACGGCCAAAGAUGCUGAAGAAAGUGAUGAGGAGCUGGAACUGUCUGAUGACGAGCUCAAGCACGAUAACCUGCGACUGCGGGAGAAAAAACAGAGCAAGAACAAGAAGAAGAAAAGGCAAAUUGACGACGAUGAUGAAGAAGAGGAAGGGGAAAAAAUGCAAUUCGAUGAUACGGUGGAGAGCAAUGAACAGAUUACCUCAUUCUAUCAAAUGAACCUCUCUCGUCCAUUAAUGCGAGCCAUCGGUGUGCUAGGCUACAUUUACCCCACUCCAAUUCAGGCCUCUACCAUACCGGUUGCUUUAUUAGGUCGAGACAUAUGCGGCUGCGCAGCCACGGGUACGGGUAAAACUGCAGCAUAUAUGCUGCCCACAGUAGAGCGUCUAUUAUAUAGACCGUUGAACAACAAGACCGUCACACGUGUGCUCGUUUUGGUGCCAACGCGUGAGUUGGGCGCCCAAGUCUAUCAGGUCACUAAACAGCUCUGUCAGUUCACAACCAUUGAUGUAGGUUUGGCAAUCGGCGGCUUGGAUGUUAAGGCACAGGAAGCGGUGUUGCGUCAAAGCCCAGAUGUGGUCAUUGCCACACCUGGUCGUCUAAUCGAUCACAUUAAGAAUACACCCAGCUUUAGUUUGGAUUCUAUAGAGGUGCUCAUUUUGGACGAAGCUGAUCGUAUGUUGGACGAGUACUUUGCUGAGCAAAUGAAAGAAAUCAUUAACUCCUGUUCGAAGACACGACAGACUAUGCUCUUUUCAGCUACCAUGAGCGAGCAAGUGAAGGACUUAGCUGCCGUAUCCCUAGACAAACCGGUCAAGGUGUUUGUAAAUAAUAAUCAACAGGUAGCCUUUAAUUUGCGCCAGGAAUUUAUACGUAUUCGUGAAGAUAAGGAGGGCGAUCGUGAGCCCAUCCUUGCCAGCUUGAUAUGCCGCACCUUUCACGAUCAUUGCAUGGUCUUUGUGCAGACCAAGAAACAAGCACACAGACUUCAUAUACUUCUUGGUUUGCUUGGCGUGCGGGCUGGCGAAUUACAUGGAAAUCUGACGCAGCAGCAACGCUUGGAAUCCCUUAAAAAGUUUAAGGAGGAGCAGAUCGAUGUGCUCAUUGCAACAGAUGUGGCAGCACGUGGAUUGGACAUUGUGGGAGUGAAGACAGUCAUAAAUUUUGUAAUGCCCAUUACCACUGAGCAUUAUAUUCAUCGCGUAGGACGUACAGCACGUGCAGGACGUGCGGGUAUAUCAGUCUCACUUGCUGGCGAAAAGGAGCGCAAGAUUGUUAAGGAUAUUAUCAAAAAUGCCGAGAGCAGUGUGAAGAAUCGCAUUAUACCACCAGAAAUCAUAGAGAAGUACCGCAAUAAACUUACAGCAUUGGAACCAGAGAUUCAGAACAUUCUUGAUGAGGAACAGGCUGAACGUCAACUCGCCAAAACAGAGCAACAACUAUCGAAGACAGAGCGGAAGCUUUUGGGACAAAACAAUGAGAGGCGGACUUGGUUCCAAACAAAGAAACAGCGAGAGGAAGAGAAGGAACGGCUGUCGCUGACCACUCCCGAUGAAAAUUCAAAGACAGCGGCCGGAAAAGCAAAGGGUGCUAUCAAACGUAAGCGCCCCGAAUACGGAGGCGAUGGUGAGGAUGGUCCACCAGUCAAGGAGCUUGAGGCCAAGCGAAAAAAGAAGAAGGAAGAACCGAGAAGAAAAACGCCCGAGCAGUUGGCCAAAGAACGUGCCAUGAAAGAAAUUGAGAAAGUGUCAUUGGUGCGUGCCAAAAUGGCAAAACUGCGCAAACGACCGGGCAAACUGGGAGCCACCUCAGAUGUCCCCAGGCAUGUUGGAGCAGGAGGAGGAGGAAAACCCAAAAGACGUGGCGGUCAGUCCGCUUUUACAAAUGAUUUGACCGAUGUUAGUCGCGGCGGUGCACUCCGGUUAAGAUCCGAGGCUAAUCGUCACCAGAAAAUGAGCAAAAUUGCGGCAAAGAAGAAAAUAAGCAGCGUUAAAUUAACCAACAAAGCAGGCAAAAAUAAAUUCAACAAAGGCAAAAACUUUGGAGGUCCGCGCCAUGCAAAAAAGGGUAGAAAUAAAUAAAUGCAAAUGUAUAUAAAAUAAUAAUAAAUAACUAAUAUCAAA